GGGGCGGCGCGAAAGCUAUUCCCGGAUCGCCCGAGGACCGAAGAAUGGUAUGUUGCAGAUUCUGACUCAGAAGAUGUGGCGGAAGCAAUAAGGGAAGAUGGUUUGGAGGAAGAGAUCGACGAUGAGGACGACCCAACGUGCCCACCAAUCCACUUUACGACAGCUGAGAAGAGGAUGUACCAAAGACCAUGGCGAUCAGCCCUAGUAGUAAAGCUUUUGGGACGAUCGACCUCAUACACUGUGCUGUGGAAUCGACUGAACGUGAUGUGGGCCAAAACGGGCGGAAUCCAAGUGACGAAUGCCCGCAAUGGUUUCUAUUUGGUAAGAUUCACGAGUGGUAAUGACUUCGAACGAGCCCUAACGGGGGGACCAUGGAUGAUUGGUGAUCACUACCUAACUGUGCACCUAUGGGACAAAGACUUCGAUCGGUAUAGCACGCAGAUAUCGACGACGUUAGUCUGGGCACGUCUCCUGGAUCUGCCGAUAUACUACUUCCAUAAGGAGGCGGUUAUGAGAAUUGGGAGGAGAAUCGGGAAACUGUUGCGUGUGGACAAAGCAACAGAGGAAGUAGCGAGAGGCGAGUAUGCUCGAGUAUGCAUGCAAGUUGAUCUCACCAAACCACUACUUUCGAUGUUCAAAAUUGACCGCAAGAAAUACUUCAUUCAAUAUGAGGGGCUCGAGAAGCUCUGUUUGCAGUGUGGAGUGUAUAAUGAACGGGCGCUUUGUCAUUGUUCGACAAAAGAACCCAUGGAUGAAAGUGAGAAGAGUCAUGGGGCAGAUGCACACGAGCAAACCGAGCCAGAAAGCACAUAUGGUGCAUGGAUGAUAGCAAAGAAGAAGAAAAAACCAGAGAAGAGGGGUGUCACACAGGCGGGGAAGCUGGGUGGCGAUGGCAUGAAGAAUCAGAUGGAAAGUGAAGCUGGGAACAUAGGCAAUAACACAUAUAGUUUUGCUGCCCUUGAGGUUGAGUCGGGAGGAGUCACAUCUCCGCCUAAGGAAAUAUUCGUUGCUGAAGCUACAGAACAUAUCAAGGCACAGGGGAGUAGUGAUAGGACUGAGCUAGACGACCCUAGACCUAUUACUAAUGCCAACCCGCAUAAGACCAUCAAGAAGGGAGAACGAGGCGGUCCAAAUAAGACUAGUAAACCCAAUGUUGGUCUAACGAAGGAGAAAACGAACGAGGGGAAUAACCGAGCUGGUCAAAAGCAGCAAGGAGAUGGGAGCACCUGCAACCCCCGAGCUCGUGAUACGGGCACCGAACCACUGAAUAACAGCCUACAGGCAAAAGUGGGCCCGCGACCAAGGAAUGAGAAAGCUCAAGCUGUGGGAACGAAAGGUGGAGUGGAUAGCAAAGGCGCGGGGAGCCUAUCCCCUUCGGGAAAUAGAUGA